ACUCAUAAAAUUAGAGCUGCCGGAAGCUCACAUUUAGUAGGACAGUCAAAGUGGGAUGGUUCAACUUUCCUCAGCUGUUCACAUCUCACAACGUUCGAGCAAUGGAUAUUUUACCUUUACUUUGUAUUGUCUCUGCGGCUUUUACAGGUUUAUCCAAAGGAGUUGGUGUGUUGCCUGAUGUUCUGAAUGCAGCUGUGGGAGAGACGGUGAUGUUCACCACAACACUGACUCCACCAGAGAAACCAUUCUCAUCAGUGGGCUGGACAUUUGAUGGAAAAAAUAUAAUCACUUUCAAUGAUAAAAACUUCACUGCACCGGAGUAUGAAGGCAGGAUCACCCUCUUCAUGUCUACUGGAUCUUUGGAGCUCAGAAAUGUGGCUCUAAAUGACAGUGGGGUAUACAGAGUUACCAUUUUUCCAUCUGGAGAGCAACAGAAGACAGGUGAAACAAGACUGUACGUAGAUGUGCCAGUUUCCAAUGUAACAGCAACAGCCAGCAGCACAGACUUGGUGGAGUUCAACAGCUCUGUCCGUCUGUCCUGCUCCGCCUCUGGAACCUCUCUGUCUUUCCUCUGGCUGAACGGCAGCUCUGAGGUUACAGAAGGUGACAGAGUUCAGCUCACUGAUGGAGGCGCCAAUCUCACUAUAUUAGACGUGACCCGCUACGACCAGGGACCAUUCAGGUGUCAUGUGUCCAAUCCUGUCAGUGAUGGCACCAGUGAUCCAAUAACCUUCAACAUCAGCUACGGCCCAGACAAUGUUACUUUGACAAUGUCUCCAUCAAAAGAAUUCCACGCGGAAGGGUCAAACAUCGACCUGAUGUGCUCAGCUGACUCCAAACCUGCUGCCCAAUUUAAGUGGCUUCUGAAUGGAAGCCUGCUGUCUAACACUGGACUAGAGCUCAGACUGACGAACAUUCAGAUGAAUCACAGUGGUAACUACAGCUGUCAGGCCCAUAACAGCAAAACUCUGAGAUAUGAAUCAUCUCCACCUGCCACCAUCUCUGUACUGACACGUGUUGCCAGUGUUGUGAUAACUUCAGACCCACCAGACUUGGUGGAGUUCAACAGCUCUGUCCGUCUGUCCUGCUCCUCCUCUGGAUCCUCUCUGUCUUUCCUCUGGCUGAACGGCAGCUCUGAGGUUACAGAAAGUGACAGAGUUCAGCUCACUGAUGGAGGCGCCAAUCUCACUAUAUUAAACGUGACCCGCUACGACCAGGGACCAUUCAGGUGUCAUGUGUUUAAUCCUGUCAGUAAUGGCACCAGUGAUCCAUUAAACCUCUCCAUCAGCUAUGGCCCCGACAAUAUUAAUGUGACAAUAUCUCCAUCACAAGAAUAUUAUGGCGAAGGGUCAGACAUCAGCCUGAUGUGCUCAGCUGUCUCCAGACCUCCUGCCCUGUUUCACUGGUUUCUGAAUGGAGACCUGCUGUCUGAUACUGGACCAGAGCUCAGACUGAUGAACAUUCAGAUGAAUCACAGUGGUAACUACAGCUGUCAGGCCUUUAACAACAAAACUCUGAGAUAUCAAACAUCUCAGCGGUCAGUUGUCUCUGUACUGGAGAUAAUAUCAGGUGCUUCAAUUACGCUGUCAACAACCUUGCCGAUUGAAGGAAACUCAGUCAACUUGACCUGUGACGCUGCUGGCUCUGUCUUUACCAGAAAGUGGAUGAAGGAUGGCUCAGAUCUGAUCCUGUCUGACAACAUAAUACUUUACGACAAGAACAGAGUGCUGUCUUUUAAGAGCCUGACCAAAAAAGACAGUGGAGAAUAUUCCUGUACAGUCAGCAACCCCGUCAGCAGCGAUGAAGCUAAAUACUCCAUGGAGGUCAACUAUGGACCAGAAAAUGUUCAAAUCACAGGUCCAAGUGAGAUAAAUCCGAAUGAGAACUUGACUUUAACCUGCUCUGCUGAGUCCAGACCACUUGCAAAUUACACCUGGAUACUGAAUGGGACAGAGAUACACAAUUCUGCUGUGUUCACUAAAGACAACAUUCAACCCUCAGACAGUGGCAUCUACACCUGCGAAGCGAUGAAUGACGUAACUGGAAGAAAACUGUCUGCAAACCAUGAACUGUCUGUAACAGUCAAACCACAACACAAAGGAGGCUGUCGGGGUGGUUGCAUUGCUGGAAUAGUCAUUGCAGUUCUAGUCGUCCUUGCAGCAGCUGGAGGUGGAGGGUACUUCUUUUAUCGAAAAAAGAUACAGAAAAAAAACACCACCAGCAGAACAGGUUUUAAAGGAGGUGAAGGGCAGGAAAACACAGGAUUCUCAGGAGGUGAAGGGCAGGAAAACACAAGAUUCUCAGGAGGUGAAGGGCAGGAAAACACAGGAUUCUCAGGAAGUUCUAAGGAGCUCCAUUAUGUAGAGGUCAAGUUUGACAAGAACAAAGGUGGGGCUGUCCAACCUGGGCCACAAAAUGACACAUCAGAAUAUGUUGAGCUCCAAGUGAACAAAAGUCGUCCUAAACCGUCCUCACCUCCUUCCUAUGAUGACCAUUGGGAGCGACAGAAGGGAACAGCUCCUCAGCCUCCCAAUGCCACACAAGUUCCCAGUUCAGGAUCGCGAGAAAGUAGCCGCACUGGAUCUGAAUCAUCCUCUUAAGGGGGUUAGACCAGAGGCCAGAGGCAGCUGACUUGGUUUGUGAAAAAACCUGCACUCCUCUCUCAGUUCCUUUUAUAGGGGACUAUUUUGGACUUGAGUUUAUUUAGUCAAAGCACUUUAGCAGCAGUUAAUAAUCAACCAGUCUGUGACAGUUAUUGCCGUGACUGAGGUCACACAGCACAAUGCUGGCCUAUUCGCUUUCAUUUCAUAUAUAACAGCUUUGUUUGUCUGUGCACAGUUAAUGCAAAGUGAAAAUUUUCUCUUUAUGUGAUUCAGUUGUUUGCUUGAGCAUAAUGUUUGACACUGAUGUGGUGUCAUGUUUGACAUGUUUCAAUUAUGAAUUCAUUUUUAUAUUUAUUUUACAUCAACAAAAUUAAAAAAUAUUGGUUAUUUAGCAAUAUAUAAUUCACCUUUCACUGGUGUUUAUCAGGACAUGGGAACACCUUGUUAAUUUGUCAGUACAGUAGUGAACUGUAAUGACCUACACGUAGCAGUAAUGGAAAGAUUUGUUAUCAGUUGGUCCAAAGGAGCGGUUGAAAGAUCAAUACAGAUACACAUCUUUAUAAUUAAAUUCCACCAUGAUAAAGUUAAACUGUAUGAUGGCACAAAGGGAAGGUCUGCUGCCACAAUAU